CCCAGACGGAAGUGUCCCUCCGUCUUGUGUUAAGUCAGUGUUAAGCUGUGUUAAGGCAGUGUUAAGUUGUGAUAAGUCAGUGUUAAGGAAACACAACUGCUCAAGCACCAACCAACUCUAGGUCAUCCCUCAAGCGGUAACUUAUGUAAAUAAAGUUGCCAUCGUUCACCAGCAGAAGGAAGAUGCGUUUACUUAACAGAUGGGUAAUGGUGGUGGUGGUGGUGACGGCGGUAGCGUCUCCCGCCACACAGAUGUCCGUCAGGAGGCAACUACACGACGAUACACAGACCACUACCGCUGAUCCUAGCUUUCUUUCAGAUGAUGGUAUAGAGGGGUUUGCGGCGCAGUUAUUUUCUCCUAGCACUGGUCAUAGCAUAUCCCAGCAGCAGGUGACCUCACAUGACCUGGGCCGUGACUUCCGGGGGACCUCAACUGGUUCCUCUCGUCAGUUCCGGGUGACUUCGGGUGAACCCGGGGUCGACAUGCUGCUGACCACCCUUGGCGACUCAGUCAACGGCGACCAGCGGACUGUGAUGGCUCUCCUGAAGUCACUCAUGGUGGACGGAGCAGAGAACACCAUGGCGAUGCAGAUGGUUCGUAAGACAGCUGGAGGGAGGAAGAAGGGGAGUCAAGGUCCUCUAGAUGAACCUCUACAGGAUCAAGGCCAAGUAGAGGGCCAUUUGGGACCGGAACUUGGCCAGAUAGCGGGUCAAAUGGUCGAGGCGGCGCACCAACAGAUGGCCGAGUUCACCUUAGAGCCUCAUCUCGGACCCGCCAUCUUACCCUUCGACGUUCCUGAGGGUUACUUCGUGCCGUUCCUCCCUCGUCGAGCCUUCGGGGUGGAGAACGGGGUGUCCCGUCCGCCACACGGUCAUGGGUCCUUCUACACCCACCGUCCACCGGGCCUCGUCGACGUCCCCAACUCUCCUGCCUUCGGGUUCCUCUUCAGUGGCUACAGGAGGUUCGACCCCGAGGCCAUACCCCAACAGCAGGACCCCCUACAGGCACUGCCACCUCAGGAUAUCGUGCCCGAGUCCCCGGUCCCUGAAGAUGACCUCCGCGAGUCCCCGGUCCCUCAACAUGACCUCCACGAGUCCCCGGUCCCUCAAGAUGACCCCCACGAGACCCCGGUCCCUGAAGAUGACCUCCACGAGUCCCCAGCUUCAUAAAACUAACUUUUCAAUAUCUUGUCCUGUAGGAGAGACCACCCUAAGGAUACGUAACCUCAGGAGUGAUCUUAACGUCCUGAACCCAAAAGUAAUAGUUUUUAUUCAGGUGUAAAAAACAUCGCUCAGCUGCCCCCUACUCUCACCUGUACCUGCUUAUUGUCUUGUGUUUUCAUUCUCCAUUUUCCGCGGUCAAAUAAAUCCCAUGACAUCUCCUCCGUACAAUGACAUUUUCCUCCGUCAGAUUCUUCCUAUAGUGAUUAAUUUUCAUUGUAAUUUUCUACCUACAGUAAUACCCCCACCCAUAUGUGCCAUAUACAGUACAAGUUUCCUCUCUUUCCCCCCCCUUAUAAGUUACCAAUCUUUCCUUUAUACAGUUUCUCUAUACAAACGUGUCUGUCUCGUCUCUCAGGAAUGAUUAUUUUUUCUCUAUAUACUUCCUCCCCUCUUCCCCACCUAACAAACAGCUAAGCCAUUUAUUAAAACGUUUAGACAGAAAUCAUGCACAAAAAUAAAAUGAUUAUCUUAAGUCCC